AUGUCUUCCAUUGGUGAACUUGCUUGUACUUACGCGUGUUUGAUUCUUCACGAUGAUAAUAUUUCAAUCAAUGCGGAGAGAAUUGGUACACUUAUAAAAGCAUCAAAUUUAAAGGUGGAAUCGUACUGGCCAAGCCUUUUCGCAAAACUUUGUGAAAAGAUGAAUGUUAAUGAACUGAUCAUGAACGUUGGUACCCCAACUUCUAACAACGAUGUUGCCGCUCCUCCUCCAACUACUGAUAACGAUGCCUCCACUGCACCUUCCGUCAAUGACAAGAAGAAGGAGGAAAUAAAAGAAGAGAGUGAUGAUGAAGCCAUGUUUAGCUUGUUUGAUUAGGACUCAUAUCAUCAGCGACUUAAAAGUUUUUGGCUUUUUAAUUUGAGUUAUUUUAUAGAAUUACGGUAGAAUUUAAGUAUUUUGAAUAAUGUUACCUUGUUAUAUCGAAAGACUUAUUUAGUUUUGUUUUA